AUGGGACGCCGAAAUGAAGACGCCGAGGCCGCUCUGCACGACCAGACGCAACUACUGCCCAAGAAACAAGUCAUUUUUGUUUUCAUGAUCAUGGCAGCGGAAUUGCUGGUUUGCUUCAUCGACCAGAACGGCAUAGGAGUCCUUCUGCCAGAUAUCGCUCGGGAUCUCAACGCUAGCUCCUCAAUCGCCUGGGCAGGUACUAGUGCCUUGAUCGCCAAUACUGUUUUCCAGGUGCUGUAUGGAAGGCUCUCUGAUCUCUUCGGGCGAAAGAUUGUGCUGGUAUCUGCACUGCUCUUGCUAUCGCUGAGCGAUCUGGCUUGUGGACUGUCGGUUAAUUCGAUGAUGCUGUACGUCUUCCGCGGCCUCGCUGGUGUCGCCAAUGGUGGAAUUACGAGCUUGACCAUGAUGAUCGUGUCGGACAUUGUAACGCUACAGGAGCGAGGCAAGUACCAGGGUAUCUUGGGCGCGAUGGUUGGCUUGGGAAACGCUCUCGGACCGCUCAUCGCUUCGGCCUUCGCCAUUCAUGCUACCUGGAGAGGUCUGUUCUAUCUCCUGGCGCCACUCAUCAUGAUCACGGUCGUGGCUAGCUGGCUGUAUCUCCCGACCAACAUGCCGAAGCUGAAUAUGAAGCAAACUCUCGCCCAGAUUGACUGGCUUGGACUGAUCCUCGGCACCGCUGCAGUAAUACUGUUACUCAUUCCAAUUUCCUCGGGAGGACAAGCCGGCACACCCUGGAAUUCACCAGAAAUUAUCGCCAUGUUCAUCGUCGGCGCCGUGUGCCUUGCGGCAUUCAUCUUUGCCGAAUGGAAGUGGGCUCGACUUCCCAUGAUGCCAUUGAGCAUGUUCAAGGAAGCGUCAGUGGCUGCAAUGCUGGCUCAAUCGUUCCUGCUAGGGGCCGCGUAUUAUUCGACCCUCUAUUUCCUACCGCUCUACUUUCAGAACGUACGAGGCAAGAGUCCACUGAUUGCUGCAGUACUGCAGCUUCCGCUUGUCGUUGCGCAGUCUUCGUUAUCAACGGCAGGAGGCCCCUACAUAUCGUACUUCAACCGCUAUAGAGAAGUGAUCUGGAUUGGCUUCGGGCUUUGGACGCUUGGUGCUGGCUUGCUGGUCCUGGCUGAUGAGCAUCUGAAUUUCGCCCUGAUAGCAUUGUUCUUGAUCAUCAUCGGGUUUGGGACAGGUCUCGUCUUCCAGCCCACACUUGUGGCUCUCCAAGCACACUGCCCAAAAUCCCAACGAGCAGUGGUCACAUCCAACCGUAACUUUCUACGCUCAUCCGGAGGUGCGGUAGGCCUUGCAGUAUCAUCUGCGAUCCUUACGAACGUCCUUAAAGGCACGCUACCUCCAAGACUGGCAUCAAUAGCCAAUAGCACAUUCGCCGCGCCAAGCCUAGCAGGUUACUCAGAAGCAGAUCGCAUAGCCAUAAAGCACGCGUACAGCGCAGCCAGCCGUGCCGUAUUCAUCUGGUGUGUCCCGCUGGUCGGUAUAUGCUUGCUACUUUGCGCUCUGAUCAAGGAUCAAGGCCUGAUACGCAAGGAGGAAAAAGAGGCCGGGACGCCAAAUGGGUCGGGCGAAGACACUCCUAGAAGACCGACUGAAGAUCACGAAAGGGGUGCUCCCGGUCAGCCUGUUGAUGGCCAAGAGGCGGAUGCGAAGCAGCUGGACGCAGCAAUGUCGCCUGAGCACGCGAGCACAGGGAGCAGCAGGCGGCCUUCAGUGAUCAGUGAGAAGAGCAGUAAGUCAAGCAGCGGGGGGUUAGUGUAA